GAGAAGAGAGUCUGAAUGCCCAAUCACACUGUGUUUUGGUAAUUCAACUCAUAGAAAGUGGGGAAGAUUUCACAAUCUUGUUGUUGUGUCAGGAUUCGAGGUCUUCAGCAUCAGAUCGGCAAGAGAGCUCUUUCACUGCUCUCUUCCAGAAAGAUGAAGAACGGUAAUGGCAACACAAAGCUCAUUCUCCUCCAUCCCUACAUCCAAAAACAAGGAAGCUCCAAUCGUCUAUGGCUGCUUGCCUUCAUUUCCUUCUUUACACUCGCUUUCCUUCUCACACUCAUCUACACCAGAGACUCCAUUCCCACCACCGUAGCUGCCGCUGCUUCCGCCGCUCCUAAAUCCGCUAACCCUCUAUUGGCCAAGCCUGUUGUGGAUGCCCUAGUGCACUACGCCUCCAACUACAACACCAGUGGCCACAUGUCCAACGCGGAGCUGAAAAUGAUCUCCGACGUCCUCCGGAAGUGCUCCCCUCCUUGUAACUUCCUCGUGUUCGGCCUCACCCUCGAGACCCUUCUCUGGAAAGCUCUCAACCACAAUGGACGAACAGUCUUUAUCGACGAAAACCGAUACUACGCAGCAUAUGUGGAAGAGAAACACCCUGGGAUUGAAGCAUAUGACGUGCAGUACACUACGAAAAUCAGCGAAAUGAAUGACCUCAUUGUCUAUGUGAAAGAAACAAUUAGAAAUGAGUGCAGACCAGUGCAGAACCUCCUCUUCUCAGACUGCAAGCUUGGCCUCAACGACCUCCCUAACCAUGCCUACGAAUUGGACUGGGAUGUGAUACUGAUUGAUGGGCCACGCGAGUACUGGCCGGAAGCCCCCGGAAGGAUGUCGCCGAUAUUCACAGCCGGCGUGCUGGCGAGGAGCAAAAAGGGCGGAAGCCCCAAGACCCAUGUCUUCGUCCAUGACUUCAACAGAAAGGUGGAAAGAGUUUCCAGCAAGGAGUUCUUAUGCAAAGAGAACUUGGUGGAGUCCCAGGACUGGCUCGGGCAUUUUGUUGUGGAAAGAAUGGAGGAGAAUGUCUUCCAAUUCUGCCGCAACAGCACUUCAUCCUCAUCAUCAUCCUCGUCGUCGUCAUCAUAAGGCUUAUCGUCCUGAACAUUGUCGCCAUUAUCGUAAUCGUGAAUAGUCCCCAUGGAUAUAUUUCAGUGGUAUGAUCGAAAGGUAAAUGAAAAUCUGGAUAUUUAUAGUCAUUUUUCUAGGAUGGGGUAUGUAAAAAAUAACUUUUUGGGGCAAUGAUGAUGGGAUUUGGUUUCACUGAACUGUAAGUUUCAAUUGAGAAGGAAUGAAAAUCUGAUUUCAUUAUCUGGAUUGUAUAA